UUUGCCUGGGAGCGUGUGAACAUUCCUCUGCUAGGCUUUCAACUCGCCUCCAACCUGCGCCGCGCGGCCGGCAUGCCUCCCCGCCCGUGAAGCGGGGCCGCCGCUGCCCCGCCGCUCGCGCCGCCGCCUCCCCCCCGCGCCGCCGUUCGCCCGCCCUCGUUGCCACCUGGCUCUGCUGAUCGACGACACGCGCGCUUGAAACUUGUUCUCAGGGUGUGUGGAAUCAACUUUCCGGAAGCAACCAGCCCACCAGAGGAGGUCCCGCGAGCCACAGGGUACGAUGCUGCGGAGGCUGGUUCAGCAGUGGAGCGUCGCGGUGAUCCUGCUCAGCUACUCGGUGCCUUCCUGCGGGCGCUCCGUGGAGGAGCUCGGCCGCCGGCUCAAAAGAGCUGUGUCGGAGCAUCAGCUCCUUCAUGACAAGGGGAAAUCUAUCCAAGACUUACGGCGACGAUUCUUCCUCCACCACCUGAUUGCAGAAAUCCACACAGCCGAAAUCAGAGCUACCUCGGAGGUUUCCCCCAACUCCAAGCCUGCUCCCAACACAAAGAACCACCCCGUCCGAUUUGGCUCGGACGAUGAGGGCAGAUACCUAACUCAGGAAACCAACAAGGUGGAGACAUACAAAGAGCAGCCACUGAAGACACCCGGCAAGAAAAAGAAAGGCAAACCUGGGAAACGCAAGGAGCAGGAAAAAAAGAAACGGCGAACUCGGUCUGCCUGGCUAAACUCUGGUGCGGCUGGGAGUGGGCUGGAAGGGGACUACCCAUGUGCCAUCUCUGCGACAUCGCCGGAGCUCAAUUUACGGAGGCAUUGAAAUCUUUAGCAAAGACCUUCAGAGGACGUAUUACAGGAUUCUGUAAUAGUGAACAUAUGGAAAGUAUUAGAAAUAUUUAUUGUCUGUAAAUACUGUAAAUGCAUUGGAAUAAAACUGUCUUCCCCAUUGCUCUAUGAAACUGCACAUUGGUCAUUGUGAAUAUUUUUUUGCCAAGGCUAAUCCAAUUAUUAUUAUCACAUUUACCAUAAUUUAUUUUGUCAACUGAUGUAUUUAUUUUGUAAAUGUAUCUUGGUGCUGCUGAAUUUCUAUAUUUUUUGUAACAUAAUGCACUUUAGAUAUACAUAUCGAGUAUGUUGAUAAAUGACACAAUAAAGUGUCUCUAUUUUGUGGUUGAUUUUAAUAAUGCCUAAAUAUAAUUAUCCAAACUGAUUUUCCU